AGAAUAAUGGCGGAUGAACAAGAGCAGCAAGCCCCAGUGCAGAAUGUUGAGGAGCCCCUUGAUCUGAUUCGUCUAAGUCUGGAUGAAAGAAUUUAUGUGAAGAUGAGAAAUGAGCGUGAACUCAGAGGGAGACUGAAUGCCUAUGAUCAGCACCUGAACAUGAUCCUGGGAGAUGUCGAGGAAACUGUCACAACUGUAGAAAUAGACGAAGAGACAUUCGAGGAAAUAUACAAAACAACAAAGAGAAAUAUUCCAAUGUUGUUUGUGAGAGGUGAUGGGGUUAUAUUGGUCUCUCCACCAAUGAGAACAGGAACAUAAAUGAUCUGCAGCCAAUCAAAAUCAUCCACAUAUUUGUACAUACUACUCACUGCAAUAAUUCAUUAAAGAUGUUCGCAAAAAGUUCA